AUGAGUUUAACUAGUGAGGAACUUAAUUAUUUGAUAUAUCGUUAUUUACAAGAGACAGGCCAUGAAGUAUCAUCAUUAGCAUUACAAGAGGAAACUCGUGUUUUAGAGUUUGAGAAAAAGUUUAAAGAACGUAUCCCAUUGGGCUGUUUAGUAUCCCUAGUUCAGAAAGGUAUAUUAUAUACAGAAAGUGAAUUGCUGGUCAGGUAUGAUGGUAAAGUUAUGCCUGUUGAUCCAGAAAAUUACAAGAAAAAUUUUACAUUAGCACAAGCAUUACAAGUAGAUAAGGAACAAUUUCCUGAGAUAUCAAAUACAGGUAGAUUUGCAUUAGAAAAUGAUUCAGAAGCCGAAGAGGAGAAACUUAAAGAGGGAAAGGACGAGGAAAACUCACAAAUAAUUGAUGGAACACAUAAAGCUGGAAAUAGCGACGAAGAUGAGGGUUUUAUUAAAGCAUUGGAAAGUAUCUUUUCCUAUGGCUCAAGUAACGCCUGUGAAUGGUCAGGCAGCUAUUUUGCAUGGAGCGAAAAAACACCAACGAAUUCUGCCAAGAUUGUCCGUUUAAAAUCAAAUAAAGAAUUUUCAGUACCAACAGUACUAACUUAUCCUACUGUAGGCAAAAGCACAGAUACGGCGUCCAACAAUACCAGCAAUAAUCUAGCCGGUGAAAUAACGGCCAUUUCUUGGUCUAGGUCUGGAGAUAGGUUAUUGACAGGUGUAGAAAGUGGUGGAAUAAGGUUGUGGACUUUGGACGGAAAAUUAAGUAAUAUAUUCAAUAUGCACAAGGCGCCUAUUAUAACGAUGAAAUGGAGCGAUACGGGGAUGCAUUGUAUCACCAUGGAUGUUGAUAAUGUCACAAUAGUGUGGAACACUUUAACAGGUUCUCCGGUUCAACAUUUUGAUUUAAAGGAAGUUAUUAAUAACUUUGGAGAAAGUCUAGGUAUAGAUUGUGAAUGGAUAGAAAAAGACAAAUUUGUUAUACCAGGGUUAAAUGGUGCUAUUUUACUAUUUCAAAUAAAUAAUUCUAAUGAACCAAUUGGAAGAUUGUUAGGGCAUAGUAAAACAAUAACAUGCCUAUCGUAUAACGAGAGUAAUAAGCUAUUAUUGAGUUCAUCUGACGAUAAUACUAUAAGAAUAUGGCGAGGACAUAAUUCGAAUGCUAGUCACUGUUUGAUGGGGCAUUCACAAGGGGUUGUUAACGCCUCAUGGAUGAAAAACAAUGAUAAAAUUAUAUCUUGCUCCUUGGAUGGGAGUGUAAGAUGUUGGACUAUUUUAAAGGAUGGAGCAGGUGAUAUUGCAGCAAAAGAUGGUGGCGCAAAUAAUUACGCCAACAAUAAUAAUGCAAUGUUUGCCUGUUCUUUAAUAGAUGAUAUUCCCAUUGUGUACGGUUGCAUAUCGCCUGAUAAGUCAAUGUAUUGUGUAGGUAGGUUGGAUGGACAGGUUAUUGUUUAUAACUUGGAGUUGUUGAAGAAAAAUAUGGAAGAAUUAGAAAAUAUUGUGUCCAAGAAAACCACUAAUGAUGCCAUUACUGUACCGUUAGAAAUACCCAUUAAGGCUGAAUAUUCUGUACCAAUAAGUAAGCCAAAUAAUUAUGUCUGUGCUAUUUCAUGGUGUGAAACUAAUGAUUUACUUUCUGUAUCAUAUGCUGAAAAUCAAAGCUAUGUUUUUCGAUUGUAA